UGGAGCUCAAACACAGGAACAGAAGCCAGAGCCCCGAUCUCUCCAGGCAAUCACAGGAUAUAAACCGCUGCCCGAAAGCAAGCUCCGGAGAACCUCCAGGAAAAGCCCUGAGUUUGGGAAUACUAGCACAGCCAAAUAAGACAUGAGGAGUCUGCUGGCACUGCUGAUGGUGACUCUGGCCCUGGCAGCACUCUGCUGUUGUGAGGAAGAUCCCAAAGACCUCUCAGGAUCUCCCCGUGCUGCCAGCAUCAAGAUUAAAAAGGAAGUUGCCAAUGCCUUUGUGAAGAGGCAGAAGAGAUCCAGUCUGUAUGAACGGUACCUUGAGUAUUACAAAAGUCCAAUGGAACAGAUGCAUGAGCAGUGUGAAAACUACCCCCCCUGUGACUAUCUCUCUGACCAAAUAGGAUUUGCCAUGGCCUACAACCGUUUCUUUGGGAGAUACUAAGAAUGGGACAGUCACUUCAUUCAUUUGCCUUGGGAUUAUUCCGAAUCCCCCAGGAGAAAGAAGGCUGUGGGUGGGAAGGAGUGAAGAAAAACAUACAGGCUGGAGACUUCUUCAGUUGUCUCCCAAACCAGCUGGAACACCAAGGCAAUAAUUAUCCCAUCUGUUGAGCUUGCAUUAGCUUUCUUCCUUUCAUUAAAAAAGUUUCUCUUCAGUUGUCUUUUCUGGUAUUUUGAGCUUCACCAGGAAUGAGUGAAAAGAUUCUGUCUUACCUCUUUCCCUUUGAGUCCCCAUAACAUAAUAGGUGAAAAAAUUGUGAUUCUUCUUGAGAAAAUGUAUAUCUUAGAAACAUGACAUUUGUCACCUUCUGUAAAAUGCAUGAGGAUUACAGAAAGAGAAUGUCACUGCAUGUGUAAGUGUGAUGGAUCUGAUCCUGGGCUGAUCACUGGGAAGAUGGUGGAAUUGCUUCCUCCAGGGACAAUGACCAGGAAAGUUCAGUAUUUUCAGGUAGAAUAGUCACCCUUAAUAUGUGCCAUUUUGCAAGGAUAGAAGUGUAGAAAAAUUGUUACAUAGCCAGAAAUCAAUUUCUGGUACACUCUUCUGAUUAUUCUGUAACAAAACUUGCCUGUAUAGCAAAACCAGAUAAUUCCCCUGCCUUUGUAUGCUGCAUUCAGUGACUGUCUGUAAAAAAAAUAACAUGGAAAUCUCUUGUUAUUAUUAUUUUUUUAAAUUUUAUUUUAUUUUAUUUUUUUUUUACAGUUAGUUUCUGGUGAAACUGAAUAUACCCAAGCAGAACAAAAAAAUAACCUGUUCCUCUCUGAUGCUUUAACAUUUAUGCUUGAAACUAACAGUGUCUAAACAGUUCAAAAAUAAAAGCAAACAAACAAAAAAAGAAAUAAACUUUAUGAAAUAAACAAAAAGAAAUGGACAGAUUAAAGUUGGGUCAGCAUUUGAUUUGUUCAAGACAGCCUGUAUCUCUCUCAUACAUACAUAAAAAUAAAUAAAUAGAUGUGUGUAUUUAUAUACAAAUCCUCUUCCCUCUGCAUGACUUAAUUCUGUCCUACUGCUGAUGUGCUCUGUCGGCUUCCCUUCCCUGAGAGGCAGGUGGCAGAUCUUAUCUCCAAGGUCAUGGACUGCUGACCCUCAGGAGACUGAGAAAGACCAAAUGUCUCUGGUUGCAUGUGAACUGGUGCAGCCAUCCCCAGCUGCUGACUGCAAUAAAUACUGGUCAUGUAAAGCA